GGGCAAGCGCCAAGCAAGCAAAGAACACAGUUAACUUUUCGUGAGUGCGUGUGAAGUAUGAAGUGUUGCGGAGUUGGAUUAGAUUCUUUUAAUAACCUUCUUAUCUCACUCUCCAGAUCCUUAACUUCUUCCAUUACUCAUCAUUUUUAAUCUUUUAUUUCAGCUCUCUAAUAUCUUUUUAUUUUUAUUUCACCGCUCUUUGCUAACGCCUUCAAGAAAUCUCCAACUUUUUGGACCAUUUCUUUUCUGGGUUUUUGCUCUUUCUUGAGCUCUCAACCUAUUCUCCAUCUGGGUAUGCUCUUAGGAUUCAAAGUUUUCAUCUUUCAUACUCUAUAUUCCAUCCUCUGCACUGCUUUUAGCUAGGGUAUAGCAGAUUUUAAAGACAGUAAAAAUGGGUAAAUUUUCAUUAUUAGUACUGUUAUUUGGAGUACUGGUGAGUUCAGUGGGUGGAAUAGGAGCCAACUGGGGGACACAAGCAAGCCACCCACUGCCUCCAGAUACAGUGGUGAGGCUACUGAGAGACAACGGGAUCCAAAAAGUGAAGCUUUUUGAUGCAGAUUAUGAUACCCUUAGAGCUCUUGGUAAGUCUGGUAUUGAGGUCAUGGUGGGUAUUCCAAAUGAUAUGCUUUCAACUUUGGCUGGGAGUAUGAAAGCUGCUGAGAAAUGGGUUUCUAAAAAUGUCUCCGCUCAUAUCUCCUCUAGUAAUGUCAACAUCAGAUAUGUUGCGGUUGGAAAUGAACCUUUCUUGACAACAUACAAUGGAACCUUUCUUUCAACAACUCUCCCAGCUCUUCAGAAUGUACAAUCUGCUCUGAUAAAAGCUGGAAUAAGCAACCAAGUGAAGGUGACUGUCCCUCUGAAUGCCGAUGUCUAUGCGAGCACGACUGAUUUUCCAUCUGGCGGUGACUUUCGAUCUGAUAUCCAUGAUUACAUGUUUAACAUUGUCAAGUUUUUGAGCGACAGCGGGGCCCCUUUCACUGUAAAUAUCUAUCCUUUUAUCAGCCUUUACACUGAUUCCAAUUUUCCAGUCGAGUACGCAUUCUUUGAUGGCAAUGCAACCCCUUUAAAUGACGGUGGAACAUUGUACACCAACAUGUUUGAUGCUAAUUAUGAUACUCUUGUGCAUGCCUUACAAAGGAAUGGGUUUGGAAACAUGCCCGUCAUUGUUGGAGAGAUGGGGUGGCCCACUGAUGGUGAUAGGAAUGCUAACAACGAGUAUGCCCAAAGAUUCAACCAAGGUUUUAUGUCACGUAUUUCAGGUGGGAAGGGUACCCCAAUGAGGCCUGGACCUAUUGAUGCUUAUUUAUUUAGUUUGAUAGAUGAAGAUGCUAAGAGCAUUGAUCCCGGGAACUUUGAACGCCACUGGGGAAUAUUCACAUAUGAUGGAAGAGCUAAGUACUCCCUUAACCUUGGCACCACAUCCUCAGGAUUAUUGGUUGAAGCAAAAAAUGUGCGUUACCUGGACCGAAAAUGGUGCGUAAUGAAGUCAUCAGCCAAGCUUGAUGACCCAAAUGUGGCACCAAGUGUGAGCUAUGCUUGUGCACGCGCUGAUUGCACCAGCCUUGGUUAUGGGACGUCGUGUGGAAGUUUGGAUGCAAUGGGAAAUAUUUCAUAUGCAUUGAACAGUUAUUAUCAGAAUCAGAAUCAGCUUGAGGAAGCAUGCAAGUUCGAGAACAUUUCCACUAUCACCAAAACAGACCCAUCAGUCGGAACUUGCAGAUUUGAGAUAAUGAUCGAGCCAUAUUAUGGAGCUGCCAAGCGGACAGUAGGAUACCCGCGCAAGCCAUUGAGUUUGGCUGCAGGUCUCAUUCUGUUUUUGCUAACAAUGCUAUAAAAUUCGAGGCUCCUAAUUCUUAGAGGUACCUUUUUUCUUUCAUCAUGGUGUUUUGGUAUUCAAGGAAAGUUCAGAAAAAACAUGACUGGGGUUGCAAUUUUUCUUUUCUUUCUAGCAAUCUAGGAACAAUUUUUUGUAACUUAUGCUUGUUGAGUAUUGUAUCUCAUGUGUAGAACCAGAUUAUUGAACAAUGUGUAAAUGCAUUCAUAUCUUGUUUUUAUAAUGGAAGAUAUCGUUAGUACA